GUUUAAUGAAGCAAAUUAUACAAACCGGGACGAAGGAGAUUGUGCAAAAGACUAAUUGUUUACACAUCAAAUACAUUCCUUAUUUAAAUUUUAAAAGAGCUACAAAAUUAUUUAAUUUAUUUGAAGAAAAUAUAAAAUAUUUUGAAAGUGAUAAUUUAAUCAAAGUAUUUGUUUUUAAUAAAUGGCAUAAUAUACCAAGAAAACAUGUUGCUUUUGGAGAUGAAAACAUUACAUAUACUUUUUCAAAAGUAACAGUACCAGCCAUGCCUUGGCCAGAUUUUCUAUUUAGAUUAAAAUCGGAAAUUGAAGAGCUAAUUAAAUUUAAGUUUAAUUUUGCAUUGGUGAAUAGGUAUCAAAAUGGUACUGAUUACAUGGGGGAACAUCGUGAUAAUGAGCCUAAUUUAGACCCAAACAGCCCAAUAGUAUCCAUAAAUUUAGGUGAAAACAGGUCAUUUGUUUUCAGGCAUAAAUCUUUAGUAAGAAAGAAUUCAAAAAACAAACCAAUAUCAGUAAGUAAUAUAACUGAUUGUGUUGAACUCGAAUUAAAACAUGGAAGUUUAUUAAUUAUGUAUCCUCCUACAAACCAUUAUUGGUAUCAUUCCCUUCCAAGGAAAAAAAAAUUAAAAGGUGUAAGAAUUAAUAUAACCUUAAGAAACAUAUUAAAACAGUAA